AUGGAUCAUAAGCUAAUCACCGCCAAUCGUCUCCUGGUUGAAAAGUUGAAGCAGGAGUCUCCGGAUAAUGUCACACCUGAGGAGAGGCUUAUUCUACAUACCUUCAAGCAUCCGGAGUUCUCAGUAGAAUACUCUUUCCAGUCACACUCCAAGGACUGGUUUGUAUCUGAUAUUGGGAUGAAGUCGUCGACGGUGAUGAAAUCAACGGAAAUGAUAGCUAUCGAUUGUGAGAUGGUUCUUUGUGAAGAUGGCACUGAGGGUUUGGUUAGAGUUGGCGCUGUUGACCGUAAUUUGAAGGUCAUUCUUGACAAAUAUGUGAAACCGGACAAACGUGUUGUUGACUAUAGGACAGUCAUUACAGGAGUUACUGCGCAAGAUAUCGAAAAUGCUACUUACUCUGUGUUGGAUAUUCAGAAAGAAUUGCAGCCCUUUCUUUCUAAUGGUGCUAUCUUGGUAGGUCACAGUUUGAACAAAGACAUGAGAGUGUUGAAGAUAGAUCAUCCAAAAGUGAUCGAUACAGCACUUGUGUUCAAGUUUUCUAAUGCACGUCAGGGUAGGAAACCUUCACUUAAUGACCUUUACAAGGCAAUUUUUGGUAGCGAAGUCCGAAAGGAAGGCGUUUCUCAUGAUUGUGUACAAGACGCAGCGGCUGCGAUGAAAGUUGCACUCGCUUUUAUAGAGAAGAGAUUUGACACAACAAUUUCUCCAACUAAAGAGAUGCUGGAGGAUGAAAAAUCAAGACUCUUUCUUCAUAGAAUCCCUCACUAUGUGUCAUCUGAAAAACUGAGCAUUGUUCUCGCUGGAGAGUUUCGUUCCACAAUGUUUAAACUUGAAGCUAAGUCUGCAAAUUCACAAGGAGGUUAUUACUGCGCUGUUGUUGUUUUCGGUAGUUCCAAAGAAGCUAAUCAAGCGUUUCAAAACGUUGGUGGAUUCAAAGAGACGGAUUCAUCUGGUUUGCCACAGAAAUUGAUGGGCUUAAAGUCGAGUUCGGGAUUAAGUUUCAACUGCUAUAUCCGUAAAAUGGCUUAA